CUGCGAGCGUACGUUAGCAAAAUCUUUUCGAUAAGCAUUGAAAAAGCCAAAUAUAAUGCCAGUUUACUUAAAUACGUAUCCUCUAGAGUAUUUUCGUUGUUGUUUAACUUAUAAAACUUAGAAAGACAGGAAAUACUCGGCAAACAACUCAGCCAGUAACUAGCAGCUUAUUUAACAUUUGUCGAACGCAAUUGCGUAUUAUUAGAAAAUAAUACAUUAAAAAAAUAAGAAACAGUAUUUUGUCGUGCAAUGUCUGUCUACAGUAGUAAAACGACCAACACAUCCAUACUGAAGUCCUUCUCCAGUGCGGAUCGUGAGCGCGUCAAGACAGCGGCGCUUAACAAGGUGCGCUUCAUCACGCCCAAGGAAAAGGGCAUCGUUGAAUCGGUGCGUGUGGCAUUGGAAGAAAAGAAUUUUCAUUUGAUUCAGGAGUUUACAUACUUCCUUCGAGAAGCUGAUCUCUGUGAUGAGGAAGUCGUGCAGAUUAUGAAAGAUGCUCGGAAAAUAGUGCACAGCUUGACACCGGACUUUGCCAAUCUUGUUGAGGCCCUACUGUCGGUUAACUGGAAGAAGUAUAGCCCGGCCGCCAUUCAAGCCUACACAGAAUUUAGCAUCGAUGUUAUGAUCGCACACAAUUCGUAUAUACAAAUUGGCAUAACCAAAUUAAUUUUAAAUUGGAUACCUAGUGACCAGGAAUCCGCGGAAUGGCUGGAAGGUUGCCCAUCGGAACGUGUGAAAGCUGAACUAGAAACUGUGCAUAAUUUACUCAAUCGUAUUCUAACCGCUGUGCCGAUGGCUUUCGACGUGGUCAUCGAUACGAUCGCAGGUAAAUUUCCGUACUUUAAGAAGCCAGCUCAUGUCACGGCUGGCUAUUUGCAUAAUGUGCUGUGGCUGAUGGAUUACAAGCCGGUGUUCGAGGAGCUACUGCUGCAGCUGGUUCUGCAAAAACUGCUCAUACUGGACGUGAAUGCUCCACGCGAUGAAAUCGAAGCGCUCAAGGAGGAAACCGAUGACGAAGACGAUAAGAUGGAAGAUGAGGCCAUAUUUCAAAUGGACGAUGUGAGCGUUCCGCCUAAACCUCCACAAGCGCUAGAGCAUCCCAUUGGACAAAUGCUGGACAUAUGCUUAAUGAAGCUCUUUAAAUUUGUGGACGAUAAAUGCCGUCCGCAACCUGAUUGUAGCGAUGACCAGCGCGUUGCCAAAACUCGAUUCUUCAAGACGCUUGUCCACAUAUUUGAUGAAGUGCUGCUACCCAGCCACAACACACAUCACGUCCAGUUCGUCAUUUUUCAUGCGUGCAGCAUUCGUCCAGCCUAUGCAGAAAUCUUUCUUACAUCCCUAUGGCAAAAAGUGCAGAAUCCAAAUGUAUCUUCAAUCAUACGUCAUGCAGCUGUUAGCUAUAUUGCCAGCUUUUUGGCCCGUGCCAAAUUUGUGCCGCUGAGCACAAUUACCUACUACCUUAAGGAGCUGAGCAACUGGGCAAAUAACUACAUCAAUGACUCGGAUGAAUUCAGUAGCAAAAACUGCUCCCUCAAAGCUAACAUGGUUUUCUUCUCCGUUUGCCAGGCCAUGUUUUAUUUAAUCGCUUUUCGUGCGCGCGAUUUGACAAUUAAUCAUAAAAAUUUGACUUUGCUGAAUACUCUGCAGUUGUCCCGGUUGGCCAUGUGCCACUUUAACCCACUGCGCUACUGCCUGCCACCGGUGGCGACCGCAUUUGCGGGUGUCACACGUACCCACCAAUUGGCGUAUUGUCACACCGUGCUGGAGCGCAAUGCACGUCGCAAGUUGGCUACCAUCUAUGGCCAUGACAAGCUGAUGCCAGAGGAAACGCUUGAAACGUUCUUUCCCUUUGACCCAUAUAUUCUGCCACUGUCCAAUAAAUACAUAGAGCCAAACUAUCUGGUCUAUAGAGUACAUGAGCUGGAAGAGUCGGCGGAGAAUGUUGCAAUUGAGACUGUGCGUCGCAAGCGUGGCGAUUCCGAAAUGAUUGAGGAUGAUGACUUCAUACUGGCAGAUAAGCGGCAAAAGAUCAGCGAACUGUCCAAGAGUCAACAAUUUGAUAAACAGUUUUACUAUGGUACUUCACCUGGGUUCAACCAACAAUAAGGGGGACAUAGAUGUAAU